AUGGCCGAGAGCGUCAUUGAUGACCUGGCGCAACUUCGCAAGGAGCGUGCGGCGGCCUGGAAGGAGCAGAAGGAGCAAACAGAGCAAGUGCUGAAUCCUGAAGCAGAGCAGGCUCCUCUUGAGUCUCGCGAGGCUCCCGAGUCUUCCCAGGCUCGCCAGUCUCCAGGUGUUGCGGAGCCACAGCAAAUGGCGACGGCGGAGCCAGCGGUGCCCGAGCCGGAUCCCACCGCUGCGCCCACCGCAGGCAAUGGUGUCGAGGCUAUGCCGGCUUGUCAUGACGAGAUGGGUUCGCGAUGCUGCCGGAUCUGCUACGACACCUCGGAAACUGCCGAGACAGGGCGGCUCUUCAGUCCCUGCAGAUGCGAUGGCAGUGCACGUUUUGUGCACGUAGCAUGUUUGAACAGCUGGCGAGCAAGUUCUAGCAAUCAGAGAUCGUACUACCGAUGUGAUACCUGUCACUAUGAGUACCGACUGCAGCGUCUCUGGCUGGCGGAUGUGCUUCUGUCUCACAGUGUGCAGUUGUCCCUCACAAUUAUCCUUUUCCUUGUUGGGGCCCUGGUGGUCGGCUUGAUGUGCCAUUUUGCGGCUCCUUGGGUGGUCGAUUGGGCACUGGGUCAUCUUCGGCUUCAGCCGUCGGUGCGCUUCUUCUUCACGGAGCAGGUCCAGGUCCAGGGCAAUCCGGCCUGUUGGCACGGUGGCUACACGUACAGGCUCUGCUGUGGCCGAGGGCACCCUGGCAACCCAAAGUGCUGGGACGAUGUUCACAGCUUCGAGAGCUGUUGCGAGGGCCCUCCUCAGAUGCUUCAGUGGCUGCAAGCGUUCCUGGUGCGUCCUCUGCGCGUCCUGCUCGGUGGAGGGAUGGGCCUGGCGGCGGUGGGCUUCGUCCUGUACCUCCGCAGGCAGUGGUCCGAGGCUUGGGGCCACGAAGGUGGUGUCUUUCACAUUGGUAUGCUGGUGGCAUACCUGUCGUCCUUUGGAUCAGCCCUGGGCCGCUUGGUCGCAGUGGUCGGCUCUGCCGUGGCCCUGAAGGAGCUCUUCCUGGUCCUGAGCCCACACUGUAGGCAUCUGGCCAGUAGCGCCGGAGAGAGGAUUCUGGAGGUCGGCUAA